GAGUAAACCUGUGCGAGACACUCGACAAACGUUUACGUUGUAGUGAAACUUUGCAUUGUAAGACAUGUCUCUCUUUUCGUUUAAGGGAAGGAGUCCAGAAAGUGAUGAUGAUUACCUAGACUGGAGCGAUGAUGAAGACAUUAUUUGUAAUUCCAAGUAUUAUGUGAGUUCUGAUGAGGAAGAUGAUAACAUUAACCUCUUCAUAAACUCCAGAAAACCAGUUAAAACUUGCUCAAAACCAGUGCCCACAAACAAUGAAGAAGAUGAAUUUGAAAAGGAAAUGGCUUCGGAGCUCUCAGCAACAAUGGACUGCUUGACUACUGCCUUCAGCAAAGGCAAGAAAGAUGGAGUUGAAGCCGGCCCAAGUCGUGUGGAAUCAGUUAAGCCUCAAACCAAAGAGCCUGAAGAGGAUGAUUCUGAGUUUUAUGAUGAUGUGUACUUUGACUCAGAUGACUCUGAUGUAGAAGACUCUGUUACUGCUGAAAAGAAGAUGCCAAAGCCAAAGACUGGAAGGGAAAAGAGACGCAUUCUCUCCAACGAUGAGCUCUUUUAUGAUCCGCAAAUGGAUGACAGAGACCAACAGUGGAUGGAUGCAAAGAGGAGAUCAUAUCAAAUCAAAAAGAAAAGACGCGGCAGUAACCCCGGCAAAGGGGAACCUCAACCCCUGCCGCAGAGUGAUGCCGUGCUCAACUGUCCAGCCUGUUUAACUACACUGUGCAUGGACUGCCAAAGACAUGCCAUUUAUAACAACCAGUACAGGGCAAUGUUUGUUUUCAAUUGCUCAGUUGACUGGUCAGAAGGUCUGAAAUUCCCCACAAAAGGACAAAAGAAAAAGGAAUUCCUCAAGAACAAAAGGAAGAACAAAUACAGAAAGGAGCAAGAAGGUGCCAGAGAGUCUGAGGAACCCAUAGCAGAGGGAACGGAAUCCUCAGAAAAGGGCAACGAGUCAUCCACGCAGCCAGAGAACAGCAUGGAAUUUCAAGAAAGCAAUAUUAAGCCCAGUCAACAGUCAUCUGAAAGUGGUGGCGUAAUAGAACCACUGGAAGCAGAGAAAUCUACUCUUGAAGGCGGUAACAGUAUCCUGUCAAAAGACAAGGUAGAAGGGGCAGUAGGAGGAGGAGAGGGUUCCUGCCACAAAAAAACUAACACACCGAAGAAAGUCUCCUUUGAAACCGAUGGUAGUGAUGAAAUCUUCCAUCCAGUAAUGUGCAAAAUUUGUAAUACGAAAGUUGCUGUGUAUGAUAAGGAUGAAGUUUAUCAUUUUUUCAAUGUUGUGACAAGUUAUUAAGCCAUGCUACAUAUUUUCAGAGAAAUAAAAAAAAUGUAUAUUUGUUGUUGGAAAUGUAAUCCUCUGAAAGGAUCUAUUAUAUGGUAGCAGAUUUCUUUAUAAGAUAGUGUUCUGUUGUUUGACAGAACAGCAAAAACCUUCCUUUGUCAGAUGUAACCACGUGUAUAGCUGUGCCCUUUACAGUAUGAUUAAAAUCAGAUAUAUUUUCAUCACACUUUAUUAUGAUAAAAGAUACCCUCUUCUGACAAAUUUCUGUUAUGAUUAUAAAAUCAAUGCUGUAACUGAUAUUAAUGGUUGUGAACACAAAAAUCUCAAUCACA